AUGUACGUCGAGACGAGCAACGACGGAGCCGUGGCGCCGGGAGCGGGCGCUGACUUCGUAGUAAACAGUUACGGCAACAUCUCGUGCGUGACGACGGACAGCAACCCGGAAACGCACAUGCAGAUGUCGUGGGUCGACACGGACGGAAAGGAGACGGCGUUAGAAGUCGACAAGGUUGACGUCACUCCGGGAUCCAUGGUGAAGAGGUGGAACACCGGCGUAACACAUCACAUACGCAAGAUUUUCCGAUACAUCCAUGGCUAUACCGUCGUCUGCCGAGUAACGCAUGUAACGCUGCAGGAACCAAAGGAGUUCAACUAUACAAUCGGAGUUGAAUACCCGCCUAUCAUCCAGCCACUUCCGAACACGGCGAAGGCGAAUAGAGGGAAGCCAUUCGAGUACACUUGCAAUGGAGAUGCGAAUCCUCUGCCAAAUUACAUCUGGUACAAGAAUAACGUCACGUUUCAGUCCGAUCAAACGUUGACCCUCGACAAAGCAGAGGAACGAGACAUUGGCAUCUACAUGUGCAGUGCCGAUAAUCGAUUUGAAAUUUUUUUUCUCAAACCCCAUGGAAAUCGUUUUAACAGAUAA